UUGCCCCGGUGAGGGAACACGGAGGGCGCCAUAGCCACGGUAGUCGUGGCGACCAGGAAACCCGGCAACAACAACAACAACCGCCCCGAGCGGACCCCCUCCCCCCCCCCACCGACUAAUCGAUACCCUCCCAAAACCCGGCCCCGCCGCGGCCGAUGACCGGCGGCUCCACCCGGCCCCGGCGCGUCGGACCCUGAAGCGAAGCGGCCUCCGCGGGGCUCCGGGACCGGGCCGCGGGGAGGGACCGUUCAGGAAGCAAAAAAAAAAAAGCCUUAUUUAUUAUCAUUUUCCCCACUGUUGGCAUGGCAACACAGGCGUACGUUACGGAAUUACAGGCAGCUCAGCAACAGUCACAACAGCAACAGGCGCAGCAACAGCCGGCGGCGACGGCAACAACGGCGGCACCAGCAGCAGCCCAGCAACAGUAUGUAGCGGAAUUGCAAAGCACGCAGCAACAACCAGCCACUCAGAAACAGUAUGUCUCGGAAAUCCAGGCCCCACAGCCGCAGGCUCAGGCCACGGGCCAACAAACACCAACACCAGCCCCGCAGCAGUAUAUCAUAGUCACGGUGUCCGAAGGUGCCAUGAGACCCAGUGACUCCGUCUCUGAGUCCAGCCCGGGCUCGACGGCCACACAGUCUGGGGUGCCAACACAGGUGGUGCAGCAAGUCCAGGCCACGCAGCAGAGGCUGUUGGUUCAAGCCAGUGUGCAGGCUAAGCCACCUUCGGUAUCCCCCCUCCAGCUAACAGGUGUUCAAGUGCCCCAGCAGCGGCUGGUGGUGCAGAGUACUUCCCAGGCUAGCAAAGGAAGCCAAGUCUCGGUGGCCGUGCACAGUGUUCAGCAGCAGGUCCAUUCUCCACCGGAGCACUCCCCUGUCCAGAGCAACAGCUCCACCGCCAAACCAGGACAAGUGCAGCAGCUUCAGGUGCAUGGAGUCCAGCAAGUGCCCGUCUCGCAAGAGCGCUCAGUCGUGCAGACCACCCCCCAGGCCCCGAAAUCGGGCACAGUACAACAGCUGACGGUGCAAGGACUCCAGCAGGUUCACGUCACUCAAGAGCAAAAGGUGGUGAUUGAGCAGCUGCCGUUCCUCUCCUCUCAUCACGCCAGUCCCGACCAGAGAGUCAAGAUUCAGAGAGUCCCUCAGGUGCUAGUGUUUGGGACAGCAGCUACAGCUCUUAAAGUGCAGCAGCUGCAGCAGGUGCCCGUCCAGCAUGUCUAUCCCAACCAGGUGCAGUACGUGGAAGGGGGCGACGCCAGUUACACAGCGAGCACCAUACGUUCCAGCACUUACCCGUACACAGAGACCCCCCUCUAUACACAGAACACAGGAGCUAAUUACUAUGAAUCGCAAGCCACCCCGGCGCAGGUCACCACUCCUGCAACCUCCCAGACCGUGGCCAGCACUGGAUCCGUCCCUAUGUACGUCUCCGGAGGGCAGAUCAUAGCCAAUCCGAGCGGAGGAGGCGGCGGAGGCGGCGGAGGAGGUGGUGGUGGCGGAACGGGAACCUAUGUGAUUCAGGGAGGAUACAUGUUAGGAAGCUCCAGUCAGUCUUACUCCCACACCACACGUGCCUCUCCAGCAACCGUCCAGUGGCUGCUGGAUAACUACGAGACGGCCGAGGGCGUGAGCCUGCCGCGUAGCACUCUCUACUGCCAUUACCUGCUGCACUGCCAGGAGCAGAAACUGGAGCCAGUAAACGCAGCGUCUUUUGGCAAGCUGAUCCGAUCCGUGUUCAUGGGACUCCGCACCCGCAGGCUUGGCACACGAGGGAACUCCAAGUACCACUACUACGGCCUCCGCAUCAAAGCCAACUCGCCACUGCUGCGCCUGAUGGAGGAUCAGCAGCACCUGGCCAUGAGGCAGCAACCCUUCUCCCAGAAGCAAAGACUCAAGCCCAUUCAGAAGAUGGAGGGGAUGACCAACGGGGCGGCGGUGGGCCAGCAGCCGGGCUCUGGGCUGUCUGACAUCAGUGCUCAAGUGCAGCAGUAUCAGCAGUUCCUGGAUGCGUCACGGACCCUCUCCGAGUUCUCUGAGAUAGACCUACAAGGGAAACCUCUGCCUGAUGGCAUCGGGGCAGAGGAUGUGAAGGCCUUCCAGCUGCUCUACCGAGAGCAUUGUGAGGCCAUUGUAGACGUGAUGAUAAACCUGCAGUUCACUCUGGUGGAGACCUUAUGGAAGACCUUCUGGAGGUACAACUUGAACCAGCCCAGUGAAGCCACCCCCAUAGCAGUUCACGAUGAAGCAGAGAAGCGUCUCCCAAAGAACUGCCUGGUGAUACUGUCCAAAUACGAACCUGUCCUGAAAUGGACAAAGGACUGUGACAACAUGCUGUACCAGGGGCUGGUGGAGAUCCUCAUCCCCGACGUUCUCCGGCCCAUUCCCAGUGCCUUGACGCAAGCGAUCCGAAAUUUCGCCAAGAGUUUGGAAAGCUGGUUAACCAACGCAAUGAUGAAUAUUCCUGAAGAGAUGGUCCGAGUGAAGGUGGCAGCAGCAAGUGCCUUUGCCCAGACUCUGCGGCGAUACACCUCCCUGAACCACCUCGCCCAGGCUGCCCGGGCCGUAUUACAGAAUACGGCCCAGAUCAACCAGAUGCUGAGCGACCUCAAUCGGGUGGACUUUGCAAACGUCCAGGAGCAGGCCUCGUGGGUGUGCCGCUGUGAGGACCGCGUGGUGCAGCGCCUGGAGCAGGAUUUCAAGCUGACCCUGCAGCAACAGAACUCCCUGGAGCAGUGGGCGGUGUGGCUGGACGGGGUGGUCACCCAGGUCCUCAAGCCCCACCAGGGCAGCUCCAGCUUCCCCAAGGCCGCCAAGCUUUUCCUCCUCAAGUGGUCCUUCUACAGCUCCAUGGUAAUCCGGGAUCUGACCCUGAGGAGCGCCGCCAGCUUCGGCUCCUUUCAUCUCAUCCGGCUCCUCUACGACGAGUACAUGUACUAUCUGAUAGAGCACCGAGUGGCCCAGGCCAAGGGAGAGACCCCCAUCGCUGUCAUGGGAGAGUUUGCUAACCUGACGAGCUCCUUGAAUUCUCUGGACGCAGACAAAGAUGAGGAGGAGGAGGAAGAGGAGGAGAGCGACGACGAGAUGCAGCAGGAGAUUUCCCUCAACUCCAAUGACUCCAGCAGCCUGACAGCCGAGUCCCUGGAGCCCCCCUCCAAGCUCUCACGGACGGACUCCAGGGGGAUCUUUGUGCAAGCCCUGCCUUCCAGCUAGAGGCCAGAGAGACGCCUGCGUGGGCCUGGAGUCAGAACCGCCCAGCCAGAGCCGAGUCCUGUGUCCAGUUCCUCCCGGCUGCUGCCUAGUGAUAAAGAUGAGCUGUUCCCUGUC